UGUUGUAAAAUUUCUAUAGUAGGAGGUUGUCUUGUCUUGUUGAUUUACCCAAGUCAGACCACAAAACAAAUUCAUCCCUCAAAAUUUCUGAUCCUUCUUUCUCUUCUUCUCCCAAUAAUGAACGAGAAGGCUAACGUUACUAAGGAGCUCAACGCCAGGCACCGCAAGAUUUUGGAAGGGCUUCUUAAGUUGCCAGAGAAUAGGGAAUGUGCCGAUUGCAAAGCCAAAGGUCCAAGAUGGGCGAGUGUGAACUUGGGAAUCUUUAUAUGCAUGCAGUGCUCUGGGAUUCAUAGAAGCCUUGGGGUCCAUAUCUCAAAGGUGAGAUCGGCAACACUUGAUACAUGGCUUCCGGAGCAGGUUGCGUUCAUUCACUCCAUGGGAAACGAGAGAGCUAACAGUUACUGGGAAGCAGAGUUGCCUCCCAAUUAUGAUCGAGUUGGAAUUGAGAACUUCAUCCGUGCAAAGUAUGAUGAAAAGAGAUGGGUGUCAAGAGAUGAAAGACAAAGAUCACCAUGUGGUGGAGGUGAAGAAUAUGUGCCUCCGCAUCAAUCAAAAUUGGAGGAGAGGAAUGGGCAUGUGUAUACUAAUAAACAUGUAAAUGUGAAUGAGGAGAGGAAAAACACACUUCCUCCUAGUACGAGGGAGACUAGAUCAGCAGGAAGAAUUAGCAUCCCAUCCCCUCCCAAAGGAAUUGAACAGGCUGCUCCAGCUCCCCUGCCCCAACAUGAGAUCCAGAAACCUGAAGCAGCUGUUCAAGAAUCAGAAAUGACGAAGCAGGUGGCUAAUCCAUCUUCAGCUGCUUCUCCUCCCAAAGUUGAUUUUGCAACUGAUCUUUUCAACAUGCUUUCCAUGGAUGAUUCUAGUGAAAUUCCUUCUGAAAGUGCCAAUAAUGAUGAUAAUGCUUGGGCUGGAUUCCAGUCUGCAGCGCAAGCAUCAACUUCUGAGAAAGCUGAUUUGAAGAAGGAUGUUGACUUUGGCAAAAAGUCUGCUUGUGGAAUUGAAGAUCUAUUCGGUGAUUCUCCUGCAUCUACGCCUCCAGUUAUGCAGCAACCACAGAAAGAUGUGAAAUCAGAUAUUAUGAGUCUUUUUGAGAAGUCCAACAUGGUGUCACCAUUUGCUGUGCGUCAACAGCAACUUUCUAUGCUGGCACAGCAACAGAGUCUUCUUAUGGCCGCGGCUGCUCAAGCAACUAAUGGGGCAUCAAAACCACCCGCCAAUAUGCAACAAUCUGGAUUAAAUGGCACCAAUAUGCCGGCUCAAAACUGGGCAAAUCUUGGGUAUCAAAUUCCUGGGUUAACUAUGCCUUUAGCAGGGCAGAAUGAAGUUGAAAAAUUAGUUCAGAUUGGGAACUCUCAGUCAAUGCACACAGCAGGGAGUCCUCCUUUUCCAGCAAUGGGUUUCUACCCUAUGAGUCAAGCUAUGCCUGCAAAUGGUGCAGCUGCUGUUGAAAUGAGCAACAAUCCUGCAGCAUCUGCAGCUACAAUGGGAACUUCAACGCAAAAGGCAAAUGAUUAUGACUUCUCGUCGUUAACCCAAGGGCUGUUUUCAAAGCGAUGAGUUGCACUUGGAAGACUUUGCCGUUCACGUUGUCCUAAUUAGGACAACAAAAGUUGCAAGUUUGAGAGCAUUUCCUCCUCCAUUGGUUGCUGUAAAAACUAUACGUAGGGAAGGUUCCAACUGUUUGGGAUUGGCUCUUUUGUAUGAUUCAUGCUUGAUAUGUAUUUUUUUUUUCUUUGGAUCAAUAAAGAUGAAUUUUGACAGACCAAAAUAUGUUGCAUCUUAUGCUUCAGCUUUUAUAAAUCUUUCAUAUAGAGGUAAUUCUGAUUAUUUAAUCAAGAAGACUGGUUUCCUGGA